ACAUUGAGCUUCACCCAGACUGCCAAUUCCUUCCUCUGUCUAAGAAAUAGUAUUUGAAGAUCUGAAGACAGAAGUUUCAAAAUCAACAGAUGAAGGCCUUAUGCGCAAAACGUUGACUCUCCUGCUCCUCAGAUGCUGCCUGACCUGCUGUGCUUUUCCAGCAAUGCACUUUUCAAAUCUGACUCUCCAGCGUCUGCAGUCCUCACUUUGACAGUCACUCAGUCCAUCGGGACCGCAACAGUUUUCAACUGUGACUCUGUGAGAAGGAGCAAAGCGUUUUGGUUCUUGUUUGAGUACGUUUUCAGCAUCAGUGGGACUGGAUGAGAGACCCUACCAUAAUAGUAGACUGAGUUUGGAGCCUGAAGCAGUGAUAUGGCCUGGAAUGAGGAAUUCGCGGUGGGGAUAGGCUCUGCACGUGUGGCUGAAGCUCCAGCCAUGGAGAAACCAGAGGAAUCCCGCCCCAUGGAGAAACCAUGGAAGUGUGGCGACUGCAAAAAAGUUUUCCGUUUCCCGUCGGCCCUGGAGAUUCAUCGGCACAGCCACACUGGGGAGAGGCCAUUCCCCUGCCCCGAGUGCGGGAAGGCCUUCAGCGAUUCCUCGCACCUGCUGAGGCACCAGUGGGUCCACACUGGGGAGAGGCCGUUCCCCUGCCCUGAGUGCGGGAAGGCCUUCAGCGAUUCCUCCCACCUGCUGAGGCACCAGUGGGUCCACACGGGGGAGAGGUCAUUCUCCUGCCCCGAGUGUGGGAAAGCCUUCAGCGAUUCCUCCCACCUGCUGAGGCACCAGCGUGUCCACACGGGGGAGAGGCCGUUCCCAUGCCAAGUGUGCGGGAAGGCCUUCAGCAAUUCCUCUAACCUGCUGAGGCACCAGUGGGUCCACACAGGGGAGAGGCCCUUCAGCUGCCCCAAGUGUGGGAAGGACUUCACCCGCUCCUCCUACCUGCGGAGCCACCAGCGAGUUCAUGUGCCAUCGCAGGGGGAUUGAAGGAAUGACGGCCGAGUGCCAUUAUCAACUGGACUAUCAACCCAGUUCCAGUGGCUCCCGAGUUCGAUUCCCACCGCGACAGAUGGUGGAAUUGGAAUUUGGUGAGAAAUCUGGAGUUCAGAAUCUAACAGUGAAACCAUUGUC